AUGAGGCGACAAGAGCUGCAGCUGACGCAUGUGCCGGUCAAGAUCACAGAAUCUGGCGCAGGGAAUCCUGCACUGUCGGAGCAGUCAGAGGAGGUCAAGUGCCUGAUGGAAGAGCUUGAGGGAUUGAAGACGAAGAUUGUAGUGCUGCAAGGAAACAUCCCAGCAGAGGAGCUGACCAACCAGUACCUCUUGCUGGCUGAGAUCCUCCAACAAGAGCGACAGUACUCCAAAAGUUUGCAGGCCGAGACUGAGACCCUCCGCAAUGAAAUCCUAGACCGAAUCAAGUCACUCGAAUCCGAGGCAGAAGACCUCUGCUGGAAAAGAAAUGAGGCCAUCGCCUCGGAAAAUAAUGAUAGCCGAGUGAGAGCACUCGAGAUGAGCCUCAACUCCAUGCGAGCUGAGAGGUUCAAGCUCGAACACGCUCUUGUUAAAGCUGAGCUCGCUUUGCUCAAAGUCUCAUCUUUCCAUGUUUCUUUCGGUGAUCGAGAGGCAUCAGAUGUCGUCCAAGAGCUCUGCGAACAGCUGUUGUCUGAAAGGCUGGAUCAUCUCAGAUCGCUGGAUCUCAUCAGGACAUUCUACGAGCAAUCGAACAAUGUCAUGAAUGCUGACUGCAAGCAAACUCUCGAGUAUGCUCAAAGGCUGCUGCAAGAAUCUUGCAACAGGCUAAACUCACCUACCCCACACUUUCGCAACGAGCAAGAUGGAAAGGUCUCCAUGCUGCAGCUACACUACAGGAACGCAAUGGAGGAGGACAUGAAGAAGCUUGCUGUGAAGAAGCAGAAGCAGCGAGCUGUCGUUCAUGAGGAUGACAAGCAAGAGAUGGUCGAGGAGGCGAAAACUCGAGCGAGUUUGCAGCCGAACAUCUCUUGGGGAUCUCUUGAGCAAGCGGAAACAAGUAUAUCUUACAUCGAGCAUCUACUUGUGCGAUGUCGAGAGAGGUUUUCUGACUUGCUGUAUCGUCAAGCCCAACUUGAAGUCAAUCGCCUGCACCAUGUCAAUCCUUUCUUCUCUCUGCAUCGCUCGCUGACGGGGGCGCUCAAGGUCGACGGUCUGCAGCAUCCGCGUGAUGGUAGCCAAGACGCAGAGGGAAGAGACUUGACGGUAGAGGCGAUCAUGUCAGCCCUCAGCGCCUCCUUGGAGUCCUACCAGCAAGACGUCCACGAGCUGCAGGAGUCGCUUAUGAAGGAGCGCCAGCGAGGCGAGGAGCUGCAGUUGACGCACGUGCAGAUCCAACACUUGAGGAACCCAAACGAGGAACUCCGAAACCCCGUGACGUCUGCUCAUGCAACACCCGACGAGGAUCGCAAGAUGGUUGAGGCAAAGAAGUUGCGAGCAGAGCUAGCGCAGGAGAAGCUCAAGGUCGCCGUGAUGAGGCUCAAGUCGCAGCAGCAGAAUGUGCUCUUGUCUGGCAUCAUCUCCUCGCUCCAAGAUUGUCUAACCCAAGCUAAGGAUGAGGUGGGUCGAAAUCUGCUAGACAUCAAAAAUUCGCUCGAGAUGGCAGUCGCUGCUUACACAGAAGAAGCUGACGAGGAAGAAAAUCAGCGAGUCGUGAGAAUGUUCGGAAGCUUGUCUGAAUCAAGUUGUGGGAUGCUGCUGAAGAAUUACAUCGAAUGCCUGGAGGCUGAGAAUGAGAAGCUCUUCCUCCUAGCCCGCGAGCUCAAGGAGGAGAAAGGAGGUGGAGUUGAAGUUUCGUGUGCGCCCGACGAGAGUCAGGCAAGGAUCGACGCCAACAACACGUCAGAAGCAGCAGCGGAAGCAGAGGCUGCGAGCCGUGAAGAGAAGACGUUGAAGCAGCUGACGGACGAUGAGCAAGAAAGCUUCAGCAAGAGGAGCAGAAGAGAAUGUGAACGAGACAGUCAGCCAAGAGAUGUCAAGGAAAGAGAGAGAAGCACGGAGAUUACAAGAACAGAAAGAGAAGCGAGAGCUGGAGGAUUAGAUACUACAAGAGCAGGAGAAGAAGAGAGAAGGAGGUUGGAAGAGGAGGUGAUGGAGCUGAGAGACGCAUUCAAGAUUGAGAGAGAGUGGGAGCGCGCCGUUAGCUCCUUCCUGUCGCUCCAACUCGACGAGGCAAAUCGAUUGGUUGAGGUCGCGAACUCAGAUGCCGACAAUCUAGAAGAGGCGCUAGAGAUCGCCAUCCACGACGGAGCUCUUCGGGACUACAUCGCUGGGUUAGAGGAGGACUCAGAAGACGCAAAGAAGAAGCUGAGAAGCUUGGAGCAGCAACUCACUCACCUCUCAUGGCAGUUGAGACAGUCGGAGGUGGCGAACAAGAGUCUGUUUGAGCAGGUGCAAGAGCUCGAGCGAGAACGAGAGACAUUCAAGAUUGCAGCAAAGGAGAAGACGAGGAAGUCCCAAGCCCGUCCGACCGUCACGUCGAACAGGCGGGCAAGGGAAAUGGGAGUAGACGUCAGCUAUGAAGGAGAUGAGAUGCAUGACGAUCACUGCAAAGCUGCUAUGAUGAGCGAGGAUCUUGAAAACUUCCGGAAAGAGGGAGUAGAGCAUGCAAAUAAGAUGUCUCAAUCAGUCUUGAGGUCUCAGAUUGAAGAGCUUCAGGCAGAUCUUCACCUCAGCAACUCAAACAUGGAGCUCAUGUUUGAAGAGAUGGAAGGAAUGAGACAUCAAAUGCGAACUCAGACCAACGACAUGCAGCAAACAUCUUUUGCUAUUGGUGCUAUCGAGUCUCUCGUCCUGCAGAUCGCUUCCUCCCUACACCUUGUACUUCUCUGUCCGUCACUUCAAAACCGAGAACAUGACGAGACAUUACAAUCCUCGAGAAUUGCACGUCAGGUGGAGAGUUGCAUUCGCAUGCUCGACGACGCAUCAACUUAUCUUCGCGCGGCUGCUCGCAGGAUGCAGACGAGGCUGCGGGAGCAUAUGGCGAUCAUCACUGCAGUGCUACACGAGACGAGGGACAUCCAUGCGAGCACGCGGGAGGAAUUGAAGAGAAUAGCUUCCAUCUGUGCUCCUGCUCUUGCGCAAGGGUCUCAAGGCGCAACAUCAAUUGUAGAGACCAAGGAAGGGACGAGGAUGCAGCAAGCGUAUGGACAGGCCCGAACAGAACGAGGUCAUGACAACAUCGAAGCUGCAAGGAUGAGGGGAAGCGAGAAGGUACAGGGGAGAAAUGAAGAUCAAGAGGACGGAGAGCUGCAAGAGGAGCGUGAACUGCUUGUGCAGAAGGUGAGGGACUACAAGGAGCUGUCGGAACUACUGGAACGGGGGAUGGAACACAUGAGAAGAAAGCAUGAAGCUGCUGUACGGCAGGUGAAGGCAAAUGCUCUUCGACACGCGCAGCAGUUGAGGAGGAUGAUGAACUCGAUGCUUCUCCUUGUCCGCAGUGGUCAGCUACAGCACCUCCAAUCUCUCGACUUGCAAACUUUGUCAAAUAUGAUCGGAGGAAAUGAUCACGUAGGAGAUGAAGAGGGUUGA